AAGGAGCAUGGACUGCCUUGUCCUCGAAGAUGCUAUCCACCGGACUUGUCCGACGAGAAUAAAGCAAGGGCUCUAAUCCACCUUGUCUUCCAUAUCGACAUUCCACACCAUGGCUUCCCCCCCAUACACUAUCAUCGGUACUCCCUUCAGCACUUUCACCCGGUCCAUCACACUGGGCAUGACCCACAAGGGUCUGAAAUUCAACCAGGUUCGCGUCACACCCCACUCUGAGACAGCCUACGAAAAUCACCCUUUUGGAUUCCUGCCCACGCUCAUCAUCCACGAGAUCGAUGGCAAAAGAGUCGAUCUCAAAUUGCGAGAGAGUCAAGCAAUUGCGCGAUACAUUGACAGAGUGGCACCUGAACCAAGUUUACACAUAUCCGCAGGUGAUGGUCGUUCCAUCAUCACAGAGCAGAUGUGGGAAUUUGUCAGCCUUACAGGGGCGCAUGAAUUCCCAGCAGUCGAGGGCGGUGUCGUGAAGCCUCGUGUCGCGGCGAACGAUGAAGGAAAACUGACAGAUGCUGAAAUUCGUGCUAAAAUUGACCCAGGUGUCACGAAACUCCGGAAGCAUCUUGCACUGAUGGAGGCGUUGAUGGCUCCAGAAGGAUUUGUCUUUGGAGAGACGUUGAGUUGGGCAGACUUUUUCCUCUUUCCACUCUUAGCAGACUUGAGAGCCGUACCUGAAGGAGAGCUCCUUAGUGAUCGGCUCAGACAGUGGAUGGCAAAGAUGGAUGAGUUGGACGCUGUGAAGGCUACCUCCGCCGGAACACUGUCUGUCGGAGCAAGACCCCCUUAAAAUAACUCAGGCAGAUCAGGAGCAGCGCAGUGUGGCGCAAAAGACAUGAGUUUAUUAGUCGUGUAACAUCAUAGAAUUACGUGCCUCGUUACG